CGCUCUGUGAGAAACAACAGCGCACGCACGUACGAAGAUGCCAUCUCUUUCCACCCUUGUGGCCGUUGCGGCCAUCCCAGCCGUAGUGAACGCGUACCCCCUCAACUUCCCCGGCGCCGGUCGCAUUAGCAACCUCGCGAAGCGCGCUCAGCUUGCUCUCAACUUUGUGGCUCCUUCAACUUCCCCUCUUGUCCAAUCCCCAAACUACGCUGGCGCUGCGAACGGCACCCUUUCCAAGAAGGAUGUCGUCCCUGGCAAGGCCUUUGACCGCCUCAUUCACAUUUGGCUCGAGAACACGGACGCUGAGAUUGCCAUGGCCACGCCCUCGUUCUCUUCCCUCGCUCAACAUGGCGUAACCCACUCACAGCGCUACGCACUUACGCACCCCUCGGAACCAGAGUACCUUGCUACUGUUGCUGGAGACUUCUUCGGCAUGGCAGAUGAUGCGUUCUAUCACUUACCCGAGAACAUCACUACGCUUUUUGAUCUCUUCGAGGACGGUGGCUCGGCUGGUAAGCCUAUCAGCUACGCAUGCUACCAGGAGAACAUGCCGUCGAACGGAUACACCGGCUUCAACUACACCGAACACAACUACCUCACUGGCAACGGAACGUACACAUUCUACGUCAGGAAGCACAACCCUUGCGCCAUGGCUGAUUUCGUGUCAGGGAAUGCCACUCGUGCUAUCGAGGCCAACCGCAACUUCAACCAGUUUAGCACGGAUCUCGAAGCAGAUGCUCUUCCGCAGUGGAUGUUUAUUACACCCAAUCUGGUAAACGAUGGACAUGACACGACGCCCGCAUUUUUCUCAAACUGGACGGAAUACUUCCUUCUUCCUCUUCUCAACGACACUCGCUUCAACAAUAACAGGACUGCAAUUAUCUUGACAUUCGACGAGAAUGAGAGUUAUGGAGACCCAAACCGUAUCGCAACGAUUCUGCUCGGUGGCGUCGUUCCCCAAUCGGCUAUCAACACCACCGACUCGACAUAUUACACGCACUAUUCAGACAUUUCUUCUGUUGAGGCCAACUGGGGCCUCAAGAAUCUCGGUCGUGGCGACAUGAACAAAACCCUCGCAAACGUCUACUCAACGUUUGCUCAUCAGCUUAAUCACACUAACACCGAGGUCUCUGGCGACGCGAUUCCGAUCAACAAUGCUACGGGAGUCUAUCCGGGUGCGUUUUCCAAUACGCAGAACACCGACUUCACCUUCCCGCCCAACGCGGACAACAACACCCUCAUCAAGGCCGGUCUGAACAAGAGCAUGACGGAGCAGGUCGCAUUUGCCUAUCAGGUGAACUUGACCAGCCAGCAUCUGCCGAACCCGUACGGAAGCAAUCCAUUCCCGCUCGAUUACGUUUCUCGCAGCGGUAGCUCGAACGGCGCUGCUGGCACCUCAGGUGCAGGCAAGGCUGUUGCGGCGAUCGCUCUGUUGGCUGGCGCCGCCUCUCUGCUUUGAGUGCGUCAGGUUGCCCGCCCUGACUUUUGCAAUCCGCUGGGGUCAAAUCCACCUCACAUUAUUGAAUACACAUGCGCAUGGAUGGCCGCGAGCAUUUUGGGGCCACCGUGUCAACAUCAGGUUGUCGUGCUACAAACUCUCCCCCCAGUCAAUAGACAGUUGGUUUU